CCGCGCCGAGACUGCGCAUGCCCGCUGAGGUGCUGCAGCAGCCGCCAUGGCGACCGCGACGGGCGACGCAGCCUUCUUCCAGCGGGGCAGUCUGCUGUGGUUCCCGGUCAUCAUCCUCUCCUUUGGCUACUACACGUGGGUUGUCUUCUGGCCUGAUAAUAUCCCUUAUCAGAGUCUUGGACCACUGGGGCCCUUCACCCAGUACUUGGUGGACCACCACUACAAACUCCUGCUCUAUGGGUAUUGGCUUGCAUGGAUGAUUCAUGUGGGAGAGUCCUUCUAUGCCAUGGUAUUGUGCAAACGUAAGGGCAUCACGGACAGCCAGGCUCAGCUGCUCUGGUUCCUGCAGACCUUCCUCUUCGGCAUAGCGUCUCUCUCCAUCCUCAUUACUUACCGGCCAAAGCACCUGAAGCGCACUUAGAUGGCGCAGCGCUUCUUCUCCGCCUUUACUUUCAAACUCUGGUGCUGAGUUUACAAAGGCUUUCUACUUCCCGGACGCCGUCUGUCAAGCAAAGCUAAGACCCUCUAGUUACUCGUUUCCUCUUAGAUGCUCUGAUUGACCUGGAAGAGACAAGUUAUUGCCUGGGACAGAAAUAGGAAAGAUUCUGGCCUUCCGGUUCUCACCUACAUGGCAGGAAGCUUUGGGCCUCCUCCUGUGGUCCUUGGCUGUGCCAGGGCUCCCCUGCCAUGUGGCUGAGGCACCAACUAGCUUUGCUUGUUGGUUCCCUUUUGCCCCACUUUCUGACAGACACAUCCUCAUUCUCCCACCGACAUCUUAGCUUCAGUUUCCAGUUUUGUUUUGUUUUUUUUCAUCUUUUACGACCAAGAUAAAGUGACACUUUGUAUCAUUUCCAUCCACAUCAGGCACCUGGGCGGCAUGCGCUUCAUCCCCUACUUCCGUGUCUUCAACAACAGAGAAAGAUCAGGGACACAAGCACGAGCCUGGUGCAGCUGAGCUGUCACACAGGCUCGAGGGACCUGCUGAGACCUGACAGCCGAGGGUUGAGCCCCCCAUGAUGUUGCCAGCUAGGGGUGCUCCUGCCCUACUUGUGGCUCCGGGAAUCCAUGCUUGUAGUGUGCAGGGAGCUGAUGGUCACUGCUAUCUUGCUUGUCCAACUCAGGCCACCUCUUAGCUUCCCUUGCCCCUAGGUGCCUGUAUUCCAGCUGGCUGUGCCCCAUCCAUGGUGCCACAAAGUCAGGACCCCGAUCUCACUUUCCCCUGCUCCAUAUGAAACUGCUGAGUCCAAUCAGUGCCCCAUUAUCGCAACAGAAAAGCUCAAGGCUGCCUCUUGCUGGCAGUGCCACCUCUCCGUGGGUCUUUGCCCUGAUGCCCUGCUCAGCUCUGGUGUACACUCACACCAGUGUUCCUGGUCUGUUGACUCUAGCCCACGGGUUAUCAAGCUCACUAGUACCUCCCUGUUCACCUGGAUGUACCUGAUGACUGACAGGCUGAGGAGGAGCGGUCACUGCCUCUGUCCACUAACCCUGGGCCAGGAGGGUGCCUUCCCUGGAGAACCACCUGUUCCUCAGUCUCCAUGUGUGAUACAGCAGGGCCAGUUGUUUGUAUUAAAAACACUUAUGAGAAAUGACUCACCCCCGGCUGGGGAAAUGGCUGGGCAGUCAAAGGUAUUUGCCCAUAAAGCCUGAUGGCCUGGGUUCAAUUCCCCAACACCCAGGUAAAGCCAGCUGCGGAAAUCGGCACAUGCGUCUGGGGUUUGCAGUGGCAGGAGGCCCUGGUGCACUCAUCCCCUCUCUUCAUGUCCCUCUCUGCUGCAAAUAAAUACUUAAAAAAGAAAACCACCCAAAAGAUUCCCCAAGUGAAGGUGUCCCCUAAAAGAUAAUGGGCUGUGAAUUGUUUUCGUGGAGAUGGAUCUUUGCAGCAUUGGGUCUCUCCUCUGUUUUGUGAUUAAGGGGUUUUACUUGGUUAACAAAGAUUUUCUUUUUUUUUUUUUUUCUUUUAAUCACAAACAUCAUGGAAAUCUACUCUAGAUUUGUUUUGUUUUGUUUUAGAGAGUGGUCCUCCCGGAGUAUUGAAUGGAAAGGAUCGACUGGAGUCAAAUACUGUGAAUUGUCUCUCUGACCAAAUGCAUCUGUGUUUGUCAGUCUUGAUGUCUUGGCCACAUUGGACGCUUUUUCUCAGAUAGGCUCCUCCGUGAAACUGUCCCCUUCAAGUACCGUCUGUUUCUGAUACGGAGCUGCAGAACGCUCUGCUUGUGGCUGCGUCCUUCCCUGUGUUUGUCCGGCUGCCUGUGGCCCACGUAGCGCCUGCAUGCUCGGUCACUGUGGUGACGCUAGUGUCUCCUUUCCAUUGUGGAUUGUUCUUGUUUGCAUUUCCAGUUAAUAAAAUGUGUGCAACAA